ACACUGGUCUUCAGCUUCUGUCUCAUGGAGGGCGCCGUGAAAUAAAAAAACCCGCACACCCUGAGGAAAAUGAGGCUUCAGGAACUCUCCGGGGAGGUUUACGAAUGAGAAUCUCGUUGAGGGACCCAGUUUUCCAAUGGUGGCCCGGACCACCUCUCCGUAUGGUGUGUUUAGAGAAGUUGGCGGUGUUUUUUAUGAUGGAAGUGUGCGCAGCGCGGCGCCCCGGCCGUGUGUUCCCCCUCCCGCUCACCCUGACUCUCCUCCUGCUGCUGCCGCUGCUGAAAACAGCGAGCGCUGGAAGUUUCGCGCCCAGCACAGACAGCUCGAUCACCGGGGAGACCUACUCCACUCAGCCGGGCUCCACCAACUCCCAGGGAACCGCUGGUGUAAUGAGGGGACUGACCAGCUCCACAGAAGAGCUCAGUUCUACUAACUACGGACACUUUUCUACAGCGGGGGGCUCUGAGUCCCACCCGGGGUUCAGGGAGAGGGAAGCCAGCACUGCCACUGAUCAGAGCUCAUUUACGGACACAGAGAGUUGGACAUCACCCAGCGUUCCAGAGGUGUCUACUGAGCUGCUGAGCACCGGCACUGAACUCAGCACUGCUACGGUCACUGAGUGGGAAGAUCCGUCCACAGUAGCCAACAUAACUAAUGUAUAUCCUGGUUUAGACAGAACCGAAAGGCAGGCUGAGACUGAAACCAGUGAGACAAGGACUGAGAGAGAUCUCACUGUGACGAACCUUACGGAAAAAGACAUCACAGAAAAAGAUGUCACGGACACGACAGAGUCUGUCUCACAUACAGACAGCACCUACAUAUCCACCACAAUCAGCCGGGCUGGAGAGCGCACUCUGCUGUCCAUCUUGUCAAACAGCACAUCAUCGUACACGGAGGAGUCCAGCUCUUCUGAGGUGUCUCCACUAACCGUUACCUCAGAGGAGUGGAAGACGGAGACCACUGUAGUUGGUAAGAACUCCACUGAGGGUCUCUUCUCCACUGAAGGUGUCUUGUCCACUGAGGCUGACCAAACCAGAGCAACGUUUGAAAAUGAUAUGACCACAAACGCUUCCCAACAAGAGACUAUGCUUCCCUCUGAGCCUGAGGUGACCCAUGACUCUCAAGGCACCCAGUCUCAUACUGGCCAGCCCAAUGUCACAGAGUCAAGCUUUGAGGCCACGUCUGAUGGCAGCAGCAGUAACUCAACUCUCCCUUUCACUGUGGUCAGUAGCUCUGAAAGUAGCUCCAAAACUGAGUCAGAAACUGCAGCGGAUUCGUCCACCAGUGGCACAUCCUAUACAGACAGCAGUGCUUCUGAAUCGUCCAUCACUCCUGCCGUGUCCCCAGAGGACAGUCACACAAACACGUCGCAGCAGGAGAGUGAAACUAUGACCACUGAGACAUCCACAAGCACUGUGAAUACAGAAGACGGCAAGAAGCCAGAGAGUCCUCAAACCCAUAUGGAUGAAACCACUAUUCCAGACCUGACCACUGCACCCCCCACUCUGACCACUACGGACGACUCGCUCUCCAAGUUCCUCUCUGGCCAGCGACCCUUCGUCCCCCAAACCAAUCAUCCAGAAGAAACUACAGAAGUGCUGACCACAGCUGCAGGACCAGCAACCCACAGGCCGUGGCAUACUGAGGAGGACACACGCGAGGCUAGCACUGCUGCUAGCAGCACUAUAGCCAGCACUGUCUUUCCCACCACACUCUCAAGCACUAGCACCAGCCCUGCAAUUCCACCUACAACACACCAGCUCCAACAGAGCACCGCUGCAAAGACACACACACCUUAUGUAGAACUCUCUACAAUCGAAACCACUCAAAUGCUGACCACACCCACUUCAGAACCGCACCCUCUCACCACUAAAACGCCAACAACCCACCAGUCCUCAAGUUCAUCCCAGCCUGUAGAUAUUUCUACUGACGUGAGUACACUGCACCUCGAGACCAGCACUGCGACACCAGGAAACACCACUGCACACGGAAAACACACCACUGUGUCCUACAGUAAGACCGCCCCUACCAGGAGCACUGCAGUUGUGACCACAGGAAAGAGCACUGACCGAGGCUCCACACAGGAGGCGGACACAACCACACAGAUUUCAGUGAAGUCCACCCCGACUCCUGGUCUCUUUUGUGCGAAUGGAGGCUUGAGUGUGCCAACAUCUGAAGGUGGCUACAGGUGUGCAUGUCUGCCUGCCUGGAAAGGAGCCACGUGCACGGAGGAUGUGAACGAGUGUGUGAGCAGCCCGUGCCCUUUAGAAUCAGAGUGUGUGAACACUAGUGGCUCUUUCAGCUGUAAGUGUCCCCUGGGCUAUGACCUGGAGGAUGGACGCAGCUGCACUCAAGCAAAGACAUUUCUAGGCAAGUUCAGUGUGAACAGCUCUUUGCACCUCAGCAGUACCUCAGCAAUACCUCAUGAUCUACACAAGGAGAUCCUACACCUGCUGAAUGCCUCCCUCUCUGUUCUGCAUGGUUACAGACGAUCGAUUCUGCGGAAUGGGAAGGAACUGGAUGUCUCAAACAUGUUCUCCAUGUCCGCUAAUGUGACCAGCUCUGAGGUCUACAGGAACAUCCAGGCAUUUCUGAGAAACUGCAGCAAGCCGAACUCACGCUGCACCCUCAAACUUCAUUACCAGCUUACUUAUCAAGUGGACAGUCUUUGUCGGAGUCAAAAAAACAAAUGCGACUCCCAGUCUUCUGUAUGCAGGGAUGAUAACGGGACCCUUUACUGCCAGUGCAAAGAAGGCUUUUUUAAAAAGAACCCAGAGGACACCACAUGCAGAGACUGUGGUGAUGGUUUCGAGCGGGUUAAUGGAACCUGUGUGGGGUGUACGUUUGGAUUUGGUGGUUUCAACUGCAAUAAUUUUUAUGGGCUGAUAGCGAAGGUGGUGUCUCCUGCUGCUGGUGGGCUGCUGCUCAUAGUCAUCAUCGCUCUCAUAGUCACCUGCUGCAGAAAGGACAAGAACGACAUCAAUAAAAUCAUCUUUAAAAGUGGGGACCUUCAGAUGUCUCCCUAUGCUGAGUUUCCCAAGAGCAGCCGUGUGUCUAUGGAGUGGGGCAGGGAGACGAUUGAGAUGCAAGAAAACGGCAGCACUAAGAAUUUAUUGCAGAUGACUGAUAUCUAUUACUCUCCGGCUCUGCGGAAUGCUGACCUGGAAAGGAAUGGGCUUUACCCGUUCUCCGGCCUCCCUGGUUCACGCCACUCCUGCAUCUACCCAGCACAGUGGAACCCAUCAUUUAUCAGCGAUGACUCGAGGAGGAGGGACUAUUUCUGACGCCCCCAACCCACAGAAGUGCCUCAGACUGGGGCUCAGCACCUCUAGACAGGUGCAAAGUGAGAUGUGAUGAUGACUACAAAGCUGGACAACACUGACCACUAAAAGGCCUUUGAAUGUGAAAAUGAGCUGGCAAGGGAAAAAAAACAGUCUGUCAGAAAAGGACAAUUAUCUGAGGUGGAUUAGAGGAUAGCCAUAGGGUUCAGGCCUAUUGGGGCUGGUCAUCAGCAUGCAUUAGGGCGUUUUCACACCAGCACUAUUUGGUCCGGUUGAAACAGACUCUGGUUGGUUUGUACCCUCAGUGUGGUUUUAUUGAGCAGGUGUGAAAACAGUAAUCACACUCGUGUGGGGCUCAAUGUGUGUGUUUGAAAGCACAUACUUUCAGCUUCAUACGCGCUGGAAGACAGAAUCUUCUCGAUAUAUUUACUUUCUUGCUCCCACGCCAGAAAUCUCUGGCCAAUCAAAGCAGACAACAUGCUUGCAUGGUUUAUUGGUGCGUAUUUUGGUCCAUUUAGGUUUUUGCCUGUGUGAAGCCAAACCAAACACAGGGAGAAAACGCUCCAAGUAAACGAACUCAUAAACUGAUCCGGACCAUAGAAACAAACUACAGGUGUGAAAAUGCCCUAAGAUAGACUUCAGGUUGUGGAUGUGUUAAUUUUUUUUUUAUAUAUUUUACUUCAGAAGUGUUUUUAUUAUUAUUAUAAAGCCAGUUUAGUUUCACUCCUUUGAACUGUGAAAUGAGCAAGACAAAUGGGGGGAUUACACACAACAUUAACACAGUUAUUAAUUACAAAAUGUAAUUAUAAAAUACAGUGUUGCACUGCCGACUCUUCAAACGGAAAAAGCCAUAAAUGUAACAUAUUUAUAUUUACAGAAAUAUGCACAUACUAGACUGUGUAAAUGUGUACGCAUGACUGUAAAACUAUGUAUGAAUCUGUGUGUGUGUGUGUGUGUGUGUGUGUAUAUGUGUGUGUGCAGAUCUGUUUGCAUUUGCAUGUAGAUGAAAAAACGAUGUCGUAUAAGUUUAAGUUUUGUUUGUAAGCAUGUUGUGUGUUUGAAAGAGGAGAAUAAUAUGUGUAAAAUCUGUGGAAGCUGUUGGGCUUAGCACAGGUUAUUAUUGCUGUAGAACAUGUUAUCAGUAGAUGUAGCAGGACAGAGCAGGUCAUUAUGUUACCAUUCGCUUAAAUGUGGGGUCAUUGUUUUGUCAGAAUUUAGCGAAAAGUAGCUGUUUUGAAAGUUUGAAACACAGGGCCUGGGACUUUUCUCUUUUAAAACCUUCAACCCAAACCAUAUGUGCAUGUGGUAAAGAGUUUUAACUGUUCAAAAAUGAAUACUGAUUUAGCGAACUGUGUAAUAUUAUCUUGCACAGGCUAGCUGCCUACUUAGUGUUAUCCUAAGUAUCAACAGUCAAUCGACUGUCACUUAAGAGUGUUAUUAAAGGUAAUAGGUCAUUCUAAUUAUAUAUUUUUUUCUAACUGGUAGAAAAAGUGUUGAGUUGAUAAGCUAAGUCAUUUUCAGGAAACCAAUCAAAUACUCAAGUCAAGUUACUGACCUGACAGGAGUUUGUUGGUUUGUUACUUUUGCCCAUGUUGGAAAAAAAUCCCUGUAUAGUUUUACCUUGUGUUAUUUUAGUGGCUCCAUAAGUGCAUAUUGGCAACUGCUAUCUAACCUUAAAUAUUACAGAACAUGUUCUCUGUUAAAAUUGAUGACCCCACCUUUAAGGACCCUCAAUUAACAGAAAUGCACUUGGUGCUGCUUCUUUACAUAAUGCAGUUUAUAACUCUGCAAUACAAGUAAAGAAAUGUGUUGCCAUGUUUAAUUUAUUAAAGUUAAUUUAAUGUCAUUUCCAGAUACACAUGCAGUUCACUUGCAUGUAGCAAAUCUUUGGAAGUAGCAUCUCUACUGUGAGUGUGCUUCUCUCAUGUGUGAACGAGAGAAAUAAAUAGUAGAAAGUGGCCUUAUUUAAAGGCGACUGCCUGUUAUCUCCUGCGUGUGUGGUUAGAUGUACUAUAUUUUCUAGAUGUACUAGAUGUAUUAUAUGUCAUUAGCUUAAUGCUUUUUUUAAUAUCAGAGAUAUCCUGUUACACAUACCAGUAUUCUUUCCUCCCCUGUGGAUGGUCACCUCAAUCUGGCGUUUUAGUCAGAAAUAUUUAAAUAAAGAAGCAGUAAUGAUAA